UGUUACACCCCAAAGUGUACCAUCACGUUACAUUCUUUAUUUUGACCAUGAGUAUCCUUCUCUAUCUAUUGACAAGAAUAGGAACGUUUCUCCUCUCCCUUCUACUCACAAAUCCUUCUCAAAGAAAAAAUUUCUCUUCUUUCAAAUCACACAUAUUCUAUGUAUCUUAUGCUAACACACCACCCUUAGAGAUGAAAAAAGAGAGAAAAUGCAUGACCAGAAAAAAAAAAUGAAAAGAAAAGAAACACAAGGACACCAGUUAAACUUUCACUAUAUAUACCUCUUUUGAUGCUGGAUUCUUGCAUCAGUGGCUUCAAACUAGUCCACUAGCUGUUGCAGGUUGUCUUUGCUUCAAACCCCUAUAGUAUCCGCUGGGCUCAGUGCAGACCCCUUCUUCCUGGGGUCAAACUUCACGAAGAGUAACGAUCAUCCCCAAGUCGACACAUCAUAAGACUUGCAAUCUCCGUCGAACUUUGCUGAAGAAGGAGGUAGAAAUGAAGAAAAUUCUUCGAAAUAGAUAAGUCCUGUUCUGAUUUGCAAUCUCCAAGGUAGUCAAGUGUAUGGUCAGUAGUAUAUACAGAGAGCGAUUAGAAGCCCUAUACAUAACAUUAUCUUUAGAGCUUAAGAAUAGAAUUGAGGAUGGAAGUUGUCUGGGUAUACACAGUAAUUUCAUCUUUUCUCAUUUUUCUUAGUUUAAGCUUUCUUUCAAAGCGGUUCCGAAACCUCCCACCAAGCCCAGUACCAGCUCUUCCAAUAAUAGGCCAUCUCCGCCUCCUGAAACCGCCUCUCCAUAGAACCUUCUACAGCCUCUCCCAGAAAUAUGGCCCCGUAAUUUCCCUCCAGUUCGGGAGCCGCCUAGUAGUGGUGGUAUCAUCUCCUUCGGCAGUGGAGGAAUGCUUCACCAAGAACGAUGUGAUCCUCGCCAACCGGCCUCGCUUUGUCAUAGGAAAAUAUUUUGGGUACAACCACACCAACAUGGUCGGUUCCCCGUAUGGCGACCAUUGGCGGAAUCUUCGCCGUCUGGGUUCGGUGGAAAUAUUUUCGGCCAGUCGUUUGAAUAUGUUCUUGUCCGUCAGGAAAGAUGAGAUCAGGCGGUUGCUUCUGAAACUGGCUCAAAACACCCGCCAUGAUUUUGCUAAGGUCGAACUGCAAUCCAGAUUAUCUGAGCUUUCUUUGAACAUUAUUAUGAGGAUGGUGGCCGGAAAGAGAUAUUUCGGCGAGGAAGAUGACAACGACGAAGCAAGGCAGUUUCGCGGGCUCAUUAAACAGGUGUUUAAACAUAGUGGUUUAGCAAACCUGGGAGAUUUCCUACCGCUGUUAAGGUGGAUCGAUUAUGGAAGCUUUGAGAAGAGCUUGACGAAGAUUUUCACCAAAUUCGACGCGUUCUUGGAAGGCUUACUUGAAGAGCAUCGCCGUAACAAGAAUAGUAAUACAAUGAUUGAUCAUCUGCUUUCUUUGCAGGAAUCGCAGCCAGAAUACUACACAGACCAAAUCAUCAAAGGGAUUAUAGUGGUCAUGCUGACGGCUGGAACAGACACUUCAUCAGUGACUUUAGAAUGGGCCUUGUCUCUCCUGCUCAACCAUCCCGAGGUGCUAGAGAAAGCUCGAGCUGAAUUGGAUGCUCAAGUAGGGACUGAUCGAUUGAUCGAAGAACAUGAUCUAUCCAAUCUUCCCUGUCUUCACAACAUCAUUUCAGAAACACUCCGAUUGUACCCAGCAGCGCCAUUGUUAGUGCCACACGAGUCGUCUGAUGACUGUAAAAUUGGAGGAUACAAUAUUCCGCGAGGCACAAUCUUGCUAGUUAGUGCAUGGGCAGUUCACAGGGAUCCAAAUGUUUGGGAUGAUCCGACAAGCUUCAAGCCCGAGAGAUUUGAAGGCUUGCAAGUUGAGCCAUCGAAGCUGAUUCCAUUUGGGAUGGGAAGGAGAUCAUGUCCUGGUUCUGGCCUAGCACAGCGGGUUGUUGGUUUGGCCUUGGGAUCUCUAAUUCAGUGUUUUGAUUGGCAAAGAAUUGGUGGGGAGGAGAUUGAUAUGGCUGAAGGGACGGGAAUGUCCAUGCCAAAAGCCAAGCCACUAGAAGCCAUGUGCAAAGCACGUCACGUGGUUAACAGGAUUGUUUAAUCAACGAUUAUUUUCUGUUGUUUGAUUGUAGUUUAUGCAUGUUUUCUGUAAGUAAAUAAAUAUGUAUUGUUGAAUUCAGGAUUAAAAGUUAACUUGUCUGAGAAGGUUACUCAGAAGUUUUGACAUAAAUUAUGAUUGAUCAUCUAUCAUCUUUGUAUUAAUGCUGUUAUUUUAACUAGAAAGCUGCGUAAUUUUGUUUAAUUUGAUUGUUUACUUGAUUAUCCAUUUAAGGUUCUUGGCAUAUUGGAAAACGUUAAUGAUCAUAUCAACGAAUACUUUCAGAUUUACAGGAUAAUUCAUGUUCAUAAGUUGUGAAUGACAGUUUAAAUCUUGGGUGUUUUUCCUUGAGGUGGGAUUUUGCUGAAAACAAGAUCGAGAACAAUAGCCUAAAUGGCUAAGGCAUGAGCUUCAAUCAGGAAGGGGUUAUAAGAUUGUGAUGGAUUAUGAAGAAGGAGCUUCUUGAUGUUGAAUUUUGUCAUUGAUGUCUGGAAUUGUUUCAAUUUCAGGCUCAGAGGCUUGUUUCUGCAGAAAGCCAAAUACCAGUCUAUCCAUUUUCCGCUGUAGUUGGACAAGAUGAGAUGAAAUUAUGCUUCUUGUUGAAUGUGAUUGAUCCUAAAAUUGGCAGUGUAGUGAUAAUAGGUGAUAGAGGAACAGGGAAGUCGAAGACUGUCAGGUCACUGGGGGAUUUACUUCCUGAAAUUCAAAGUUGUUGCUGGUGAUUCAUACAAUUUGGAUUCAAAAGUUCCAGAACUGAUGGGUAUUGAAGUCCGAGAGAAAAUCUCUUAAGGUCAGGAGCUGUCUAUUACGUUAACCAAAAUCAGCAUGGUUGAUCUGCCAUUAGGUGCUACAGAAGAUAAGAGUCUGUGGAACAAUUGAGCCAGGUCUUCUAGCAAAAGCUAACAGAGGACAUUGCCAGAGUCAUCCCAAAUUGCUCGAGACACCUUCUCCGAAAGGACCGAUCGACUCUGGCUUACUUGUAGUUAUAGGACUCCUUUGCUGUAAUUUUUGUUGUACUUUGUAGACCGGUUGUUGCAUUCUUUUUUUUCCUUGAAUGUUACCUUACAGAGGAUGAAAAGCCAAGCUGUUCCUGUAGUGGCUUUAACCCUCGAUAAAUGAUUGGUUAAAUUACUUA